CUUCACCGGCCCGGCGCCGCCGGCCGGGGGCGCCGGCGUGGCGGUGCGGGCGCUGAGCGCCACCGUGCCGUCGGCGGCGACGGAGGAGCUGUGGAACGUGCUGCUGGGAGGCGGGGAGACACAAACAGAAGUUGCUUUGGACCGCUGGGAUGUAGCCGUGUACUACGCGGUGGAGGCUUCGGCAGCGGGGAAGACCAAUGCCAAGCACGGAGCCUUCUUGUCGAACCAGGAGCUGAGCACCUUGGAUCCCCAGGUCUUUCAUCUUACCUUGGACGAGGCCGGGGCCCUGGUGCCCGAGCAGCGCCUGGUGCUGCGCCUGGGCACCAGCUGCCUCUUGGAGGAGGGCCUCCAGCUGGAGGAGUUGCAAAAUUGCCCAGUUGACACGUACCUGGGCGAUUGCUCCAGUGAAUCGCGGAGCUACGCGUCCCACCUGACGGCCUUCCACCACCGCGGCGCGGCCACGGCCGUCACGGCGCAUCGCUUGGCCUAUGCCCUGGGUCUGCGGGGCGAGAGCUGUGCCUUCGACACAGCGUGCUCCUCUUCGCUGGUGGCGCUGAGCCAUGGCCAUGCCAGGCUGCGGUUGCGGCCGCAGAUGACAAGCUCAGGUGAUUUCACUGCUGCGCUGGUGAUGGGCGUGCGGGUCAUGUUGGGACCCGAUGGCUUUGUUGGUUUGGGCGCAGGUGGUUUCCUGGGUCUCCACGGGCGCUGCCUGACCUUCGACAGCAGCGCCAACGGCUUCGGCCGCGGCGAGGGCUGUGGCGCUGUGCUGCUGGGGCCUCCGGGCGAAGAGGUGGAGAUGGCUGCGUUGUUGGGUAGCGCGGUGAAUCAAGAUGGCCGCUCUGCCAGUAUGACAGCUCCCAAUGGCCCUUCGCAACAGCGUUGCAUCCGCAGCUCCCUGCAGAUGGCGCAGCUGGGCGAUGGCGCCUCGCUGAGCAUCAUGGAGUGCCAUGGCACCGGCACCAGCCUGGGAGAUCCCAUCGAAAUCGGUGCCAUCAAGGGCGUUGUGAGCCAGGGUGGCAUGCCGCUGUUGACCAGCUCCAAGACCAACAUAGGACACGGAGAGGCGGCGGCUGGACUCAAUGGCUUCAUCAAGUGCGUGCUGAUGUUGGCUCACUCCAUGUGUCCUGCCAACGUGCACCUGCGAGUUUUGAACGGGAACCUGGACACGAACGGCAGCAACAGUCAACACCUGGGCGUCUCCUCUUUUGGCUUCGGUGGCACCAACGCCCGCGCGGACCUCUGGGGCCACUGCCAGGUGGGUCCCCGCCAGCUGCGCGCACGACUGGUGGUGGUGCCGUGCCCGCGCUGCGGCCAAGGGAUGUGCCGGGCCUGUGGCGAAGUGGCGGACGACUUCGCGCUGGACUUUCAUCGCUGCGACGCGAACGCGCGGAGUUUCGCCAGGGAAUGCCUGGCGUGUGUGAGCUCGGACAGCGACAGUGGAAGUGAAGUAG